AUGCCCACCAAGAAUGUCACCGACGAGCGCCUCUCCAAGUUUAAGAACAAGGGGAAGGAUCCGGCAAAACUCCGAGAGAAAAGGAUCACGGAGUGCGUGGAGCUGCGCAAAGCUCACAAGAAUGAAAGUUUCCUGAAGAGGAGGAAUUUAACUCUGUCGUCUCUCCCGGACGAAGAGGGUCUUUCUCCAGACCACUUGUCUGCAGAGACGGUGACUCCUGCGUCCAUGGAGGAGAUCAUUCGAGACGUGAACAGCGAGAGCAGAGAGGCCCAGACCAGAGGCUGUCAGGCAGCCAGAAAACUGCUUUCUCAAGAGUGUAACCCUCCGCUGAAGGAAAUCAUAGACGCCGGCCUUCUCUCCCGCUUCGUGUCCUUCCUGUCGAUGGACGAUGAGCCGGCGCUGCAGUUUGAAGCAGCCUGGGCUCUGACCAACAUCGCCUCUGGGACGUCCUGGCACACGCAACAGGUGGUGGAACAUGGGGCUGUACCAGCUUUCAUCUCCUUGCUGGCCUCACCGAUGCUGCACAUCAGUGAACAGGCUGUCUGGGCUCUUGGAAACAUUGCAGGUGACGGUUCGGCUUUUCGAGACGUCCUGAUUGAGUGCAAUGUCGUCCCGGCCUUGCUGGCUCGCAUCUCCCCCGACACGCCAGUUGGCUACCUGCGUAACCUAACAUGGACAUUGUCCAACUUGUGCCGAAACAAGAACCCAUUUCCACCCUUGUCUGCAGUCCUGCAGGUGCUUCCUUCUCUGAUCCAGUUGCUCCAUCACAGUGAUAAGGACAUCUUGUCUGACGCAUGCUGGGCCAUCUCCUACCUCUCAGAUGGCGACAAUGACCGCAUCGAUGUUGUCGUGAAAACUGGCAUUGUUCCUCGACUGGUGCAGCUCAUGAACCACGAGGAUCUCAGCGUCAUGACGCCAUCUCUCCGCUCCAUCGGGAACAUCGUGAGCGGCUCCGAUGUGCAAACCCAGAUGGCGAUUGAUGCCGGCGUUCUGAACAUCCUGCCCCAGUUAAUGAGGCACAAAAAGGCCAGUGUGCAGAAGGAGGCAGCGUGGGCUUUGUCCAACAUUGCUGCAGGACCUUGUAAUCAAAUUCAGCAACUGAUCACCUGUGGUCUGCUUCCUCCUCUGGUAGAACAGCUUAAAAAUGGUGACUUCAAGACUCAAAGGGAAGCAGUGUGGGCAGUGACAAACCUGACCAGCGGGGGCACUGUGGAGCAGGUGGUCCACCUGGUGCAGAUAGGAGCACUGGAAGCAAUUAUCAACCUGCUGCAGGUCAAGGAUGCAAAAGUCAUUCUGGUCAUACUGGAUGCCAUCAACAACAUCUUCAUGGCAGCAGAAAAGCUUGGUGAGACAGAGAAGCUGACCCUGUUGGUGGAAGAGCUAGGAGGACUGGACCGCAUCGAGAUGCUGCAGAACCAUGACAAUGAGCUGGUGUACCAGUCUGCACAUAACCUCAUCGAGAAGUACUUUGGUGAUGGUGAUAUCGAAGGAGUCAAGGUUGACACGACACAGGAUGCCUUUGCAUUUCAGAGCCCUGAUGUUAAGAGAACCUUUGAAUUUUAA